AAGUAUUUAGAAAUAAUAAGAAAGGUUCAUGAUUGAAUUGUACACAUUCAUAUAUAUUAAAUAUAAAAUAAAUUAACUAAAGACAGCAUGCUUGUUUCUCAUGAAUUAAAACCAAAAAUAAAUAAAAUGAGGAAAUACCUUGGCCAACAAAAAUAGGGCACAUAUAUAGCUCUUGACUGAGCAGAAUCGCUUUCUGCUAACAUCUGUCUGACACAAUGGCUGCAGCUGCAGAGAAGAGAAGCCCAAUCUACUUCUUCAGGUCACCUCAUAGGACGUCCGUUACCGUUAUAUGAAGAGUCAGUGUGGAGUUCUAAAUGUAACUCAUCAUGGUUAGUUUUUAACUCAAGGAGAGAGUUCAACUUCACUCCAUUAUUGUUCUAUAAAUGCCACCUUUACCUUUUAUUUUCUCAUCACUGCUAUACUCCAAAACCCCCAUCCUCGCUUUCUUCUGUUUCUAUACGUUGAUCCAUUUUCUCAUUGUUUUUGCUCUCCCCAUGUCUUCCUGCUCAUCAAUUAGUCAUCUCCAGCUUUGUUCUUAAAUCAAUUUCAAUCCCUUUUCCUGCUUCAAGCUAUGAAGAAACUCAAGCUCAAAAUCAAGUUUUUCAUCCCCAUCUUGUUCGAAAUGCCUCUCUAGUUUCUGUUUGAUCAUUGUGUAAAUAUAUUCAAUAUCCCCUUUGGUGACGCAUGAUAUAGGAUCAACUAUAGCGUCGUCUCCUUUCUGCAUAUGAAGUAUAAACCCCAGAAGCUUUAAUUUGUACGUGCAUGCAAAUCAAAAUCAUCCCUUUUCCCUUCAUAAACCUUUACUAUAUACAUCAAUUAAGAUUAAGAAAAUGUUGACAGGAAUCAAUACCACUAAUUACAACAGUUUCUACGAUUUCGGUGACUAUGCAUUUUCAGGUCGAAACGUACACCCUUCUUCUCAAUAUGAUAACAUCCACGACGCCAUCUAUGGCUCCGAUGAAUUUCGCAUGUACGCCUACAAGAUCAAGAGGUGCACCAGGACCCGCAGCCACGACUGGACGGAGUGCCCCUAUGCUCACCGAGGAGAAAAGGCGACUCGCCGGGACCCCCGGAAGGUGCCGUAUGUGGCAAUCGCCUGCCCUGGGUUCCGAAACGGGAAGUGCAACAGAGGUGACGCAUGCGAAUACGCACAUGGGGUUUUCGAGUAUUGGCUGCACCCUGCACGCUAUCGUACACGUGCAUGUAAUGCGGGGCGUUAUUGCCAACGUAAGGUUUGUUUCUUUGCUCACACCCCUGAUCAGCUACGGUCCGAGAAGAAAUAUGCGUGUCCUUUUGUGUACAGGGCGAGGAUGAACGGUGGAGAUGGGGGGUUUGGGAAUGGACCGGGCAGUGAAGAGGGUGCCACGUCGUCACCCGUUAGGAUAGAUGGAGGGAGCUGCUUUGAAGGGGUUUCAGAGUUGCUGAGUAGUUGGAGGAAUUUGAAGAUUAAGGAUGAAGAGAAGAAGCAGAAGAAGGCUGAUUUGGAAGGUGAUUUGCCUCAGCUUGAUUGGAUCUCUGAGUUGGUGCAGUGAAAAUGCUCAUGAUUUUUGUAUAUUUUUGAAGAUAUAAAGCGGUGGAGAGGUAGUAAAUAUAAAUGUUUCCAAAGUAAUUAAUCAAGUACGUUUUUCA